CUGCGUCAAACUUCUUCCAGGCAGCAAUUAACAGCCAACUUUGAUUUGACUUUCUCCAAUAUUUCUUCAUCUCUUCAUUACAGUAAAGAUCCAAACGCCAAAAGAUGGUUGAUGCCUUUGUGUCAUUUGCAGUUCAAAAACUGGGGGAUUUCCUCAUACAGGAAGCUUCCCUGCGUUCAAGUCUCAGACAGGAUGUGCGGUGGCUGCGAAAUGAGCUGUUCUUCAUGCAGUCUUUCCUCAAAGAUGCAGAACAAAAGCAAGUUGUAGAUCAAAGAGUUCAGCAAUGGGUGUUUGAGAUCAACUCUGUUGCUAAUGAUGCCGUUGCUAUAUUGGAGACUUAUAGCUUAGAGGCUAGUAAAGGUGACGACGCUAGAUUUGCUAGUCGUCUGAAGGCUUACACUUGCAUCUGCAGGAAGGAGACAAAAUUCUACAACGUCAGCAAGGAGAUCCAAUCACUAAAGCAUCGAAUCAUGGAUAUCUCUCGCAAACGAGAGACUUAUGGUAUUAGAGAUAUCAAUAAUGCAGGAGAAGGGCCAAGUAAUCGCCCAAACAAUCAGUAUGAUAUGGUUAGAACAUUGAGGAGAACUACCUCAUAAGUAGAUGAGGAUCACAUUUUUGUUGUCUUUCAGGAUGUUGUAGAAACAUUGCUAGCUGAACUUCUCAAAGCAGAGCUUCACAGAAGCGUCAUCUCCAUUUAUGGUAUGGGCGGAUUAGGCAAGACCACUCUUGCGAGAAACCUAUACAUCAGUCCUAAUAUAGUCUCUAGCUUCCCUACACGUGCUUGGAUAUGUGUUUCUCAAGAGUACAACACCAUGGAUCUCCUUAGGAAUAUCAUAAAAUCCAUCCAAGGUUGAACCAAGGAAACUCUAGAUUUGUUGGAAAAGAUGACAGAGAGAG